UCCCUGGAGGAUCAUCCUCCAAUAUUGAAUAUUGAUGAUCAUUCAGCGACUACAAAUUGUCUGGCAAAGCGCGUCAAAUGGAUGCAGCUUACAAUUUUUCUGUUUCUGGGAGCCAUACCUGUGUCUGAAGAUUGUGGGUUGUUAGAUAAGAUUGGCAUGGCAGGUAAAGGUGACUUUCAAUACUCGAUUCACAGCAAAUAUUUACCGAAAUAGGUUCGAAUCUGAAAACCUUGCUUAAAAGCAGGAAGUUAGAAAUUUGAUAAUGACCAAAUUUAUUAAAAGCGCACGUGAUACAAAUGUGUAUAUAAGAGCUUUUUGUAUUUGCUCACUGAGACAAGAACAGUAGGUCCUAUCAAUACAUUGCGGUUACAGCAAGAGGUAAGUUGAGGUAAGGUUGAAGAAGAUGAACUGCGGAACUUUAAAUUUUUUCCGUACCCGAAUUAAUAUUUGGUAAGCCCCGUACAAAGCUGGCCGGAAAAAUAGAAGCAUCGAAAAGAUAUAUUCAUUCUCGGUUUCUCGGUUUCUCGGUUUCUCGUCGAACACGGUCAAUUUUCAACUUGAUAAACGAACAGUUUCUACGGCUCUAAAAGCCUUUAUAUGAAUCUGUUUAAUCUCCAACCUGGCGCUACCUAAGGAUACUAUUGACUCAGGACAAAAAGUUGGAAUAGUUUCUCAUGAAUGCGGCAAAGUGUACAUCGAAGAAACGGGAAAAUGCAUUCGUGAACGGAUUGAGGCCGAAAAAGAGAGUGGCAUAGCUUUCACUAACUCGGACCUCAGCUGUUUCUAAACACAGUAAACACAUAAAUACGACCGGGCAGUAUCCGCAUUGGGUCCUUUUGACCCUCGUAGGUAAUCCUCUCUUGUAAAAGAGACUAUCCGCAUACGAUUUCACUUUAACAACAUCAAUAGAGACAGUGGAAUUAUAUUGCGAUUCCAGAAGCGUGGAUGCCCACAAUUAAUCAGACACCGCACAGAAACCUCGGGAACGAGGUUGACCACAGCAGCCGAUCGGUACAACAGUGGCCAGUUGCUAUUCCUGAACACUAAUGACGCUAAGGAUGGAAAUCAAAAACCCAUGAGUGAGGUUCGAAAUGUGCCCAUCACUAACAAUCACGGAUAACAGUGACGCACAGCAAAUUGUACAUUAUCGGCUGAUGAAGACCAGUAGUAAGCGGUCGAAAUGGUUAUUGUGAGACAAACGAUAAACAACCCCUUGGGUAUCAUUCACAACAAUAAUACUGAGAUGUAGAGUUAUUUUGGCUACCGUGUUUGCACUUAUGCAUAGGCUCAUUUAAUAUUAGAGUGAGUCUUAUUUUACUGCCAAUGGUAUUUAUUUUAUCGAGAUAAACCAAGCCGAAACGGAAUGAUUAGAUAGGCAAGUCGUAUAAGCGUCGGCACUGUAAGUUUCAUUUUCGAAUGGGUUGCUCGCAAAUAGUUUACACUAAGGUUUUUUAAAAAAAUGUAAAAUGAAAAAUAUCUAUCUUAAAAAGACAUCGUAAACGUCUGCUCAAUAUUUACGUCGGUUAAAUGAUUACAUUUUUCUAGCACUUUUUGGCAGAUACAUAUUGAAUGUUUUCGUUUCUUUUUUGUUUCUUUUUCUGACUUUUGUUAAACAGAGCUUGAACCGAAGAAAAGAGACGGCUACUCACUGAUCCGGACAGAAGUCACAGAAGGCGAAAAAUUUCCAGAAAAAAUCUCAUGGCGGCGAGUUCGGUCGAAAAUGACGUCACAUCACCUAACAAAGGCAUACUCGAUUUUGACAAAGAGACCAUACUUGGUAAGAAAUUGCUAUAUUUUUGAAUCGGUAAUCUGUCUUUUAACUGCAGGGCAUUUUUGGUUAAGCGCUUAAAAGGUUAUGUGUUUUACAGUAUUAAACUGCUAACACACAUUCUAACCCGGCCUCCGAAAAUGGCCACGUCCAUACAAUGGCUUUCUCUCGGGGGCAACCAACGAAAAUAUAGUUCAAAACCACUUAAACAUAGCAUUGUUAAACGUGUUUUAGUAUUUAAACGGUAGAUAUAGGCAUAUUUUUAUCCCCUAAAAAUUUUUCAUCUGUUCAGAUUUCCUAGCUGGAAGUCUUGUGAUUCGAAAAUUAUAGACAACAAAACUUACCUUUUCGAAAAUUUCAGCCAGAAAAAAGGCUCCCGAAAAUUGUAGGUGACCUUUUUAGGGUAAAAAUCCGUUAAAAAUGGGCAAUUAUAGCAUUUUUUAGAAGUUCGAAAAUCCUAGGAGAGGCAGACUAGCAAGAAGUUUGCAAAAAAUGUUCAGAAAAUUCUAGAUCUCAAAUCGUCUUCCGAACAGAUAUUUUCCGAAAAUUGUCGUUGGGUGCCCCUGAUCUCUUCGAAACAGAGGAGAAAAAAAAGAAGAAAACACUUAAAACAGACUUUCAAAAGACACGAACAUUACCUAAUAGAAAUGCCAUAUCUUGCCAUGGCUCAAACGCCACUUGGCUCUCAUAGCAGACUAAACCUAACUCAAGUCCUCUUUGUUUAGCAAUAGCAGAAGUGUACUUUCAAGAAGGCAACAAGGAAUACCGGAAAGGAGAACUCAGGAAUGCCAUAUACUUCUACACUGAGGGAAUUAACGUGAGCUGCGAAGAUGACGAACUUAAUGCAAAGCUCUACAACAACAGAGCAGCAGCUCAUUUUUGUUUGGGUGAGUUCAUGUGCGCAGUUCAUGCUAAAAAUUGUAACUACUUCGGGAGAUCUCUACGGGCAUUUGCAAAAUGACAAGUUGAAGGCAAGCCGCUGUAAAAUACCACACAGAUGUGACGCGAAUGUUUUUUCGAGUCUGGUGAGAUGAAAUAUGCCUAUUCUUAAUGUUCAUUUUAAUACUUCCUUGUCAGUUCUAGCAUUUUUGACCAAGUAAAUUGAAGGAAAGUUUUAUGUUAAUGAGAACAAUGUUUCAUCCAACUUAGAGACACUCGUUAAAUAUGUAUUUUCUCUUCUUUCAUGUUUUCCUCAUACAUUAUCAAUCAAUUUUACAGUUGCUAAGUUAAGGGAUUUUGAAAAGGUUAUUAACAUACGCGAAGAAAUUUAAUGAGUCGACGGACCUGAAAUAUUUGAUGUGUGACGAACCACGAAACCAAAAAAAAAUUGAUGAAACCGUCAUAAGAAUGGAUGAAAAGAGAAAAAACUGCAGACAAGUGCCAAUCAAAAGAACUUUGAUGGUCUGAGUUACUUUGUCGUGAAUGAACCGCCUGGCAGCAAGAGAGAAAACCGAAGCAAACCUGGAAACAAAAAUUUAAGUUAAAACAACAAGAAGCACACUAGAACUGAAAAUUUGUAAAUUUAAACCAUCUAAUCGAUGUCAAAAAAGAAUGUUAUUGAGGACGAUUUAGCUUGGGUCACUGCUUAUGGAAUCCUCAAACCGAACAUGCUCCAUUUUCAAGGCCCUGAUCAAAGAUAUGGAAAUGAAAAUUACAGAGAAAUUGUACUCACACAACAGAAAACGAAGGUUGUUAACCUUCUCUGUACAGUUUUUGUUCUAUAAAGAAUGUAUUAUUAUUGUUAUUUUUCCGGAACGAAGGUGACACAUCAACGGACAGUGAACUUUUAAAAGGUGCGGCUUCGAUUGAGCCCCAAAGAUCGAUUUUCUGCGACAAAGCCGUUAGUAUCGUACCCACUGGCUUAGGUUUCCUAAAAUUAGUGAAUUGCAUAACAUUAACAAUUAUAUAAUUAUUCUAGGUUUCUGUUACUACGUCUUAUUAACAAUUAAGCACUGAGUUGGACAAUUAAAGGCCUUCAUUUGACAUCAUACAAUGUUUUUGAUGCCUGUUAAAUUCAAUGACGAAAGCGAAGCCUUUUCUAGCAACACGUGAUCACAGCCAUCACAUGCGGAGAACACUGAAUUUUAACUAUAUAAACAGUAAAAAGUUGCUUUGAUUUCCCGUAACACAAUCUAUAUUAUAGGGGUUUGUUGCUUCCUCGCUAUAAUGACUGCACGAUUUUUCCCAUCUUCCCACAGCGCCAGCGCUUUUUUUUUUUCACACAUAAAUAUAAAAGUACAAUUAUUUUAAAAAUUAAAAGUUCUCUUUCCUCAACAGGAAAUAACCAGGAAACCUUGAAUGACGCCAAAGCAGCCAUAAAUUUGGAACCAACUUUUAUUAAACCUAUAGUUAAAGGUAAAGGCUCUUUUCACGGUGGGUUUUGUUUGCAUUUUGGGUCAGUCUGUGUUCUAGAUAUUUUGAGUUAAUGUGAGUAAUUUCUAAGAACUAGAUUAAAUAUGUGCGGGGGAUCAAUAUGGGCGUUUACAUUGGCGAGCUGGGGGCGAGCCAUUGUAAAGCCCAUACAGAUGGCACACGAAUAUAAUGCUGUCUAUUGUGCUUGUGAAAUGUAACAAUAUGAGUAGAGAUCUGUAUCAAAAGUUAAUGAAUGCUGAUUAACUGAGCUGGAGUUUUUUCGUUUGUUUUUGUUUUUUCAUCAAAAGUUUUUGUUAUUUCUACUGAUAAAUAAUUCAUCAACCCAGUUCAGUUGAUUUUCCUUGAGGUUUACGGAGGUGUAGAUACUACCUAUUGAUUGGUCAGCUUUGUUGAACAAUUGAUUUUACAAAUAAAUGAAAAAUGAAAUUCAGGGAUUUUACGUGAAAAUAAAACAAACAGAAAAGCGGGAUAACUAAACAGAUAGAACAUUUGAGCGUCCAGUCAUUGUUUAAAGUAUUUUUAUACCGGCUGGAAUCACCAUCAUACGACAAGAAAAGGCAGCUUGUUAAAGACGAUGCCAGAGCUCUUUUUUCCGUUCGAACUAGGAAAGCCGAGUGGUUGGAUUUUCUAAUAGUAAUAAAGUGUGUAGUGUGUAGUUGUUACCAGCGGAAAGCUAUUUCAGUUGUUAUUUUACUACAACACUGAUACCUAACUUCUAGAGACCGCGGUCUUGGAUUGUACAAGUUAAGGCUACCAUGAUGUUUUGUCAGAGACCUUAUCGUACCUGCGAGCAGUGGUUUCUCUGGGCCGGACGCUGCGACACCACUGCACACAGGGUAUUAGAUUCUAGAACGCGGACGACAUAUUAUUAAAAUAUUUAAUUUUUAGGAGCGAGUGCUUGUGUAAAACUUCAUCUCUACGAAGAAGCCAUCAACUGGUGUGUCAAGGGAUUGGAAGUAUCCUUUUUUGGGACAUUCUAAAGGACCUCCAUAUCGGAUUUUACUGAAACUAUGCAAAUGGUUUACAUUAUAAAGGCAAAGCAGAUUUCAUGCUUGAUGUGUAAAUCAUUUUAUAAUUAACCAUUGUGCUGCUGUUGGCCCUGUUUCUUUCACAAAUUUUAACCAUACAAUAUUCUGGAAAAAACGAUUUUGCACAUUUAAUUCAUUUCUAGACGGCAGCAAAAGACUGUCACAAACUGGCACCAAAGUCUGUUUUAAAGGUCCUUAUCCUUAGUCAGAACUCUCAGGAGCGUAGCGGGAGGUUUGAAGGUGCGGCACGGAAAGAAAGGUUGAUCCUCCCUGCAAACCGGGGGAGGGGGGUCUGGGGGCAUGCUCCCCCGGAAAAUUUUUCAAAUUCAGGGGCUCAGAAAUGCCAUUUUCAGAUAAUAAAUACGAAGGAAAAUGCAAUAAUUAGCUGUUUAAUCGACAUCUCUAGUGUUAUCGGUAGGGUGCAACGUUUACGGAAUAAAGGUAAAAAACAGUGACGCCUUUAAGGAGGUUACAAGCAAAGGGCGAGAUGUCUACCCUUCAGACGGGUAAAUUGAAGGAUUUAUCAAUCUAUCCCGAUCAAGAGAGCUUUAUCCUCUCUCGUCCCGAUUUAAUGACAAAAAUGUUUUCAGGGAAUAUGAAAUAUAAUGUAUUUUCAAGAUUUCAGCCGGUACGCACGGACGUAUGUGCGUAUGUGGACGCUACGCUCCUGACUCGUCAGACCAGUCCAUUCGUCAAGAGAAUCCACUAUUAUGACUAUUAACCAGAACUCUAUCAACCAGUUCGGUCUUUUCCUAAAACUAUGCACGGUAGUGAUGUGUCCUUUCGAUAGAGAAAGCUAACGGAAAAACCUGAUUUCAUUCUCAAGCUGAACUACCUAGGUGUCUAGUUCUGGAUUUCGGUAAGCACCCUAGCUAGUUAAAUCGAAGAAGUCAAUUCUUCAUUCGGAAGAGUACACCAAAACAGCAAAAAUAACGUAACACAAGAAAGACCCUCUGAGAUUUUAUCAACCCCUUCCCUUGAUCUGUUGAGCCCUAGGCAAAAGUACAAUUCUAUUACUUCUUGGUACGAAGCUUGGAUAUUUAACAAUUAACGAAUGAGGCUGAGUAUCUUUGGCGGAUAACACCCUCCGAGAUCUCCAUAAUUCUUCAUAUGAUUCGAAAGCCGAUUCAAUGAUUGUUUUAUUAUUCAGUCAAAAUAAUUGCUAGUUUAAAAACAUGGCUAAAACACGCUUACCUCCAUCGAUCCAUCGAUGUUAAGUUCAUCUUCGAUAGUGCACGUUUAUUUUUGUCCAGCUCCGCAAAUAUUCUCCAAAUAGCAGAUGUCGACCUUCGAGUUGUCUUCUCGCUGUUCUUGUCACGUUUUUAGUUAUUUCUUCGCCUAGUUCUUACUCUUGAAACGAGUGAAAUAUCCGCCAUUUUUCAAGUUCACAACCAAAACAACUCAACCUCGUCCCAAGGUUUUCUCGGUUAACGGUGCCUUAACCUGCACGAACGUUGCAUUUUUGACGUCAUUUCCUCAUUAAACACAAAAUUCAGAAACUGGAUAUGGUGAAUUAUGCGUGUGCUUUUAGCCAAUCAAAUCGAGGAUUGAAUGAAUAAUAAAUCAAGUUAAUAACUACUCUUAAAUACUCUAUAAUAAGAAAAGCAAUCUAGCAAGUAAAGGUAAGAGGGUCAGGUAACAAUAACAACAACAACAACAAAUGGUUUCCAGAAAAUAGUGUUGCUUUGAUUUGUUUGGAUUUGCUUCAGUUUUGCUUAGAGUCAGGAGACUUCAGUUGUCAGCGUUUUUGUUCACUUCUUUGAUAUUACAUAGCUGAUAAGUAGCUGUUUUUUCCCUGUGAAUGAAAUGUAAAUGAUCUGAUUCACGAUACAAGAAACUAAAGACACGAACAGCUCUUUUACACCCUUUCCACUCAGUUCUGAUUUUAUAAAGAAUGGAAAAAAAUCUUAUCCUCUAUAAAGUUAAAUAAACUUAACGUUUAAAAGAUCAACAAAGACAACCCAACACUUCUGGCCUGUAAGGCCACAGCUAUCAUUGAAAGCACUAGAAAGCAGGUAAUAUGACCUUCACAAUUACACCCGAGAAGGAGCGCCUAAUGUACUAAAAUUCUCUUUAAAACGGCUAAUUUGCCUGGGCGGGUUCGGGCUCUCUAGUUCUGCACUACUGAAAUCAUUAUUGUGUGACGCCAAUGUGUCAUAGUUGGGACAGCUUCGCGAUCGGAAGAUGCAAAACCUGCUACGUAGUGCAGAAUACAGCGCAGAUGUGGAGCUCUCUUAUCAUGUAUUGCAGAGCGUUUAUGUGGUUCAUUAGAAUCGGCGAAUACUGGUGCAAAUGAGAUAUCAUUUUUUACCUUUUGAUAUAUUGCCCGUUUACUCAUCUCAAAUACCUCAUAUUACUUCAGACACGUUUGCUUUUAAUCAGAUUUUCUUCUAACUGUCAGCGGGUGCAAGUUCACCCCGGUUCCUUCUUGUGGCUCUGUAUUGGUUAUAGCCUGCAGAACAGGCUUUUUUGUUCGCUUUUUUGUGGCGAGUGAAGUCAAGCGCCGGAGGAGUGUUAGACACGCGCGACGCGAGAAGGCGCAGAAAAAAUGAAACGUUAUUUUUUCUGCGCCUUCCCCAGUCGCGCGUGUCUCGAGCUCCAUUCCCGCUUCGUUCGCUCGAAAAACGCGAAAAACCCCUCUUGUUUUGCAACUCUGUUCGUUUGCAUGAUACUAGCAUGUGGCUAUGCGAUUUCGCGCCAAAAUAACCUCGAGUUACAUUUGGGUUGCCAUACCUGUUGAUUGAGUUUUUUUAAAAUUGGUAUGCCUGUGGUGUGGUGUGGUGCGGACGGAGGGUCGGUCGGUGUACGGUCGCGUGAUUACCAAAUUUUUGCGCCUGCUGACCGCUCUCAGUGAAUAGUAAACCAAUCAGGUAGCCGUUGUAGAACAAAAGAUAAAAUAAAUGCAUGGCAGUAAUGUAUUGUUUGUCUCUGUACUCUUUUGUUUUUACAGGGUGAAAGUUGCUUCUCACCUAAAACUAAGAAAAAAGAAGUAGAAUACAGUUUUAAAGAAGAAACCUCAGUUAAAGGUGCAAAUUAUGCUCACUGCAGCAGUGACCUCGACAAAGCUAUGAGCUCCUUGAAGCACGCUAUAGAGAUUGCCAAAGAAGAGGGAGAUAGAGCUGAGGAAGGGCGGGCGUAUGGAAACCUCGGUCUCGUCUAUGACCUUUCAAAAAAUUUUCCUCAUGCGAUUGAGUGCUAUAAACUCCAAUUAAGCAUUGCUGAAGAACUGGAAAACUUGGCUCAGGAAUUUGCGGCUUGCACAAAUCUUGGCUGCGUUUACAAUAGUUCAGGAGACCCAAAAACAGCUUUCUACUACUAUGAAAGACUGUUAAAAAUUGCCGAAACCUUAGAAAAGAGAAGUCUGAAAGGAGUUGCCUAUGAGUGUCUUGGGAAGGCUUAUUACAAAAACAAAGACUUCAAAAAGUCCUUAGAGUGUCACAAACUUUAUUUAAAAGGCGAAAUAGAAAUGGGCGAUAAAGCUGGGGAAGGAAAGGCAUAUAAGUUACUUGCUAACGACCAUUACCGUCUGGGUAAUUUUCAAAAGGCAAUUGACUGCUAUCGGCUUUAUUUACAAAUUUCUAAAGAAGUGGGUGACAGGGAGAAUGAAAAAAAAGCUUACUUUUACCUUGGCCAAGCGUACCAGUGUAUCGGCAAUUUUAGGAAGGCAAUCGAAUGUCAUGAACUUCAUUUGACUUUUGCCACAGAGCUGAAUGACAGGGCUGGACAAGUCGUGGCGUACCAUGAUCUUGGCAAUGCCUACCAGUGUAUCAGAGAAUGCAAAAAGGCCAUCAAAUACCAGGAAAACUGUCUAAAACUUCUCAUUAAUGAAGAAAUUGGAGAACCGCACAGGUACAUAUUGUGCUCUGCAUAUUCUUGUCUCGGCAAUGCUUAUGGCCUUCUUGGAUUUUUUAAUCAAGCUCUUGACUACUGCCAACGCUGCCUUGAAAUUUCAACAGAACUUGGAAGCAAGGAAGGACAGGCAUCUGCAUAUUCUGGUCUUGGCAGUAGUUAUGUUCAUCUCGGAAAUUUCCAAAAAGCCGUAAAAUGCCACAAAUCUGAGUUAAAACUUGUUGCAAAAUUGGGAAAUAAAAAAAAAGAGGGACAAGCAAAUAGCAAUCUUGCUGUUGCUUACUCCCAUCUGAGAGAUUUCGAAAAAGCUAUACAUUGCCUAGAGUGUCAACUCAAGGUUGCCAAAGAAGUUGGAGACGCGGAGGGAGAGCAACGCGCGUAUUCGUUACUGGGUCGCUGUUAUUAUGACCUGGGAGAUCUACAAAUUGCAUUAGAAUACCACAACCGAUCCCUGAAACUUGCUAAGCGCAUUGAAGACAGUAUCGGUAUAGGGAUCGAGUAUGGACAUCUAGGGUCUGUAUACACAGAUCUUGGUGAUCCCAAAAAGGCGAAAGAAUGUCAUGAAAAGCAUUUAAAAAUUGCUCAACAGGUUGAUGACAGGGUUGGAGAGGCUAAAGCAUAUUUCGGUCUUGGUCGCAGUUUUGAAUCGGCGGGUUCUCUGCAAGAAUCCUGUAAAUGUUACCAGUCCAGCGUUAACAUAUUCAACGAAGUUAGGGCUUCUAUUUACCUAAACGAUGCCUUGAAGAUUACCUUUCGCCAUAUGUACAAAAGAGCUUACACUAGAUUAUGGCUCCUACUGUUGCAACAAGGCAAGGUGACUGAGGCUUUGUCGGCAGCAAACCAAGGGCGUGCACAGGCAUUACGAGAUCUCAUGAAGUUGAACUAUAGCCUGGAAAAACCUUUCACUAGUGUACAUACGCGUUCUUUGGAAGAAACCAUACUUCAGGCAUCUAGUACUAUUCCUUCAAAUGUGGCUUUCACGGCAGUUUAUGGCGAACAAGUUAUUUUCUGGGUCACUAGAAAAGGUCCAAAAUUGUCACUUACUUGCAGGAUUAAGAAAAUCAGUGACGGUUUUUCGCCAGAUUAUGCGCAAUCUUAUCUUUCUUCGUUGACGGAAAGUGUCCGUAGAGAUAUCGGUGUUAGGAUUUGUGUGAAAUGUGAGGAUCGUUCAUUGAAAAGGCUAGAAGAUAGUGAAUGGAUAGACACGGACCAGUCCGAGGCCUGCUCAAUGGCGCGUGAGGUCAAUCCUUUGAAAGUCUUGUAUGACAUUGCUGUUAGUCCCAUAGCAGAUUUGAUAAGCAGCGAUGAACUUGUCAUUGUUCCAGACGGCCCAUUGUGGUUGGUUCCUUAUGCUGCGUUCAUGACACCCAGGUCAAAGUACCUUUGUGAGACUUUCAGAAUCCGAAUGAUUCCUUCCUUAGAUUGUUUGAAAAUCCUCGCAGACUGUCCAGUGGGUUAUCACAGGGAAACUGGAGCUUUGCUUGUAGGAGAUCCAUGCGUGCAAGAAGUUGUUUUCCGUGGGAGAAGGAAACUUCAACAGCUUUCAUGUGCAGAAAAAGAAGUAAAAAUGAUCGGAAAAAUAACUAACACCAUGCCUCUCACUGGGACGGAGGCAACAAAAACACAAGUUUUGAAAAGUCUCUCCUCAGUGUCCUUGGUACACAUCGCAGCGCACGGUUGUAUGGAAACUGGAGAAAUUGUCUUGGCACCAAAUCCUAUACGAUCAUCUCCGAUACCCACAGAGGAAGAUUUUCUCUUGACAAUGACUGACGUUUUAAACGUGAAGAUUCGAGCGAAACUAGUUGUACUAAGCUGCUGUCACAGUGGUCGUGGAGAGGUAAAGACUGAGGGUGUGGUUGGCAUUGCACGAGCGUUCCUGGGCGCCGGUGCUCGAUCUGUUCUGGUAUCCCUAUGGGCCAUUGACGACGAAGCAACUCUGGAGUUUAUGAAAAGUUUCUACAAGUUUUUAGUGGAGGGACGAAGUGCGAGUGAAGCUCUUAAUCGGACCAUGAACUACAUGAGGGAAUCUGAACAGUUUAGUGAGUUGCGACUCUGGGCCCCGUUUAUUCUUAUUGGAGAUGACGUCACUCUGAACUUGGCCGGAAGGUAA